AUGACACUGGGACCUUACAAAGACCUAAGCGUUGAUCAGCAUGACCGUGUUUUCGUAAUUACUCUCCAGAAAGCGCCCGAGAAUCGGAUAAAUGUACGCUUUGCACAAGAGAUAAUACGCGCACUUCGAGACAUAGAGACAGAGCUGGGUCCAGACACAGAAGGAUGCGUGAUAACACGAGGCAAUGACGAGAAGUUCUGGUGCACAGGGUUAGAGCUAGAUGAAGCGGAUACAAAUCCCUUCGCAAACAGCGAUGGAUUCUUCCCGCUCCUAGCAACACUUCUCGAUUACCCAUUCCCCACCAUCGCUCUCCUCACAGGACACACCUUUGGCGGCGCAUGCCCCUUCGCGCUCUCCCACGACUACCGCAUCAUGAAUUCCUCUCGCGGCUUCUUCUCCAUGCCGCCCGUGAAUCUAGGCCUACAUUUCCCUGGCAUCGGCUUCCUCCCACGGCUCAAGCUCCGUCCACAAGUUGCGCGCAAGAUGUUGCUGGAAGCUCACAGGUGGACGGGCAAAGAAGCACUGGAAGACGGUAUUGUCGACGAGAUUGCGGACCCGAAGCAAAUGCUUGAGGUAGCACUUAGGAAAGCGAGGAGUAUACAGGGAAAGAGUAAGAUGGGCGUGUAUAGUUUACUGCGGAAUGAACUUUGGGGAGAGGCGGCGGAGAAGAUUCGGGGGAUUUGUUAUGUACAUGGGAAGAGAGUGACUGCGCCUGCGAAAGCGAAGAUUUGAUAAGGCACAUGACGUAGAGACCUAUGAAAAAGUGCAGCUUGCAUUGCAAGUAAUGCAC